AUCCUGAAGUAUCACAUUAUCCUGACCUGUGGGUGGAGCUUCAGACAAACAGGAAGUUCCCUCCUCCCUAGAGGAAGUGUGUGUUGUGUGUGUGGCAUGCAAGCAAAACGAUGGAAGAGGCACACAUGGGUGUGUGGGGGGCGUUGCGGGCAGUGGUGAGGAGCGCGUCGGCAGGCUUCAUCCUCGCUGAGCUCGUUCUGGCAUCGGCAUCCGCCCCGAUCGGACCCCUGCCGGCCAUUGUUGCCCAGGUAACGGGAAAAGUGGGCGUGGCCGGGCUGGGCGCCGUGACCUUGUGCCUGGCGUUCGCCGCGGCGCUCGUUUCCUUGGCUACUGGCCUCCUCGUCGGGGGGCGGGUGAUGCGGCUGCUUGGAGGGGCGGCAGGGGCGGGACCGGCCGAGGUUGCUGCAGGGAUCGCCGUGGUGACCGGCGCUGUGGCGAACGGAACGCUGGCGGGACUCCUGCCCGGGUGGAUGUACUUCCUGCUGCAGAGCAUCAUGGUCCUGGCAGCCUACCCCUUCCCCAGGGCCAACGAGAUGACCGCGGUCCUGUCCGUCAUCUUCAUCUUCCUCUUCCUCUCCGUCCUCAUCGGGAGCCUGGGGGUCUUCUUCGGACUGGUCGCCAUGGGGAUCUCCAUGGCGACCGUGUGUGCCGUCCUCAAGGCCCUAUCAGAGCGGAGGACUCAGGAAACCAGAGACAGAAGCAAACACUGGUCAGAGAGGCUGCUGCUGUACUCCGUUGUCGUGGCAGCGAUGGGGUUUAGCAUUGGUCAGGGGUCAGGGGUGGAGUCAGGGUCAGGGGUGGGGCCAAGGUCAGGGCUGAUGCUGAGGUCCGUGUUGUGGGUGGGGCUGCUCUCUGCAGCUCUGCUGGGUGGGGCCCUGGGAACAGUGGUAGUGGUGGGCCUGGAGCCUGCGGGGGCGGAGAGGGUGGCGCUGGGGGCUGUGUUGGCCUCCUCCGCCACCCUGAGACUCGUCCUCCCAGCAUGCACUGCGGGCGGGGUGGGGGGUCUGCUGGGGGGGGCCACUGCCGCGGGCGUGUUGCUGGGGGCCGCCGGCGUUGCCUCGGAAACGGAAUUCAAAACCAGGAAGACAACGUUGCUGGUUCUAGCUUCCGUCACGGCUGGUGUCGUUCUGGGCUCCCUGGGAUUAUCACCGGGAUUAUCACCGGGAUUAUCACUCUCGGAACUGACGGCCGUGACGCUCGUUGCCCUGGGGGCGUUUAUCCUGGGCGCACCGAGGAGCCCGUUCCACACUCAGGUAAAGCUGCGCGGAGACAUCCUCACCGGGCCGGCGCUGAUGGAGGGCGUUGGCAUGGAGGCGGUUUCCGCAGCAGCGUCUCCUCUCGGGGUGGGGGCGCUCGGGGCGGCGGCGCUGGGGACGGCUGCCAUGGGGAGGCUGGGGGCGAUGGGGGUGCUGGGAGCUGCAGGGCUGGCUCUGGGGAAGACCUUGGAAGCUGCAGCCCAGGGGAGGUGA